UACACCGGCCUGGGAGAGCUCACCCCGCAUGGAGUUUGAGCUCGGACCGUGCGGUGGCAACCCUGGAGAUGUCGGAGAUCCAGAGCACAGACAGUGAGCCUGUCAGCGGGGACGGCGGAGACUACGAGAGCUUGCCACCUCAUGUCUCAGUGAUGACCCACAUGACAGCAGGAGCCGUGGCUGGCAUACUGGAGCACACGGUGAUGUACCCGGUGGACUCUGUCAAGACAAGGAUGCAGAGUCUGCAACCGGACCCGAAUGCUCAGUACAAAGGCGUGUAUGAGGCUUUGAAAAGGAUUAUCAAGACUGAAGGGUUCUUCAGACCACUGAGGGGCCUCAACAUCACUGUGAUCGGGGCUGCUCCCGCUCAUGCGCUCUACUUUGCCUGCUAUGAACGGGUCAAACGCUCCCUAAGUGACGUCAUUCAGAAUGGAGGCAACAGCCAUCUAGCCAAUGGUAUGGCAGGUAGUGUGGCCACUGUUCUUCAUGAUGCAGUCAUGAACCCAGCUGAAGUGGUGAAGCAGAGGAUGCAAAUGUAUAAUUCGCCAUAUCGAGGAUUUUUGGACUGUGUUCGGACAGUGACGCAUACUGAGGGCUUCGGGGCUUUCUACCGCAGCUACAGCACACAGCUGACCAUGAACAUCCCCUUCCAGGCUGUUCACUUCAUCACAUACGAGCUGAUGCAGGAACAGCUAAACCCCCACAGACAUUACCACCCUGGCAGCCACAUAUUGUCAGGAGCAGCAGCAGGGGCUGUUUCUGCAGCCGUGACCACUCCACUUGAUGUUUGUAAAACGCUGCUUAACACACAGGAAAACGUUGCACUCAACUCCGUGAACAUCAGCGGCCAUUUAUCAGGAAUGGCUAAUGCCUUCAGGACAGUGUACCGGCUCGGCGGCUUCGGAGCCUUCUUCAAAGGGAUCCAAGCUCGGGUUAUAUACCAGAUGCCCUCCACUGCCAUUGCCUGGUCAGUGUAUGAGUUCUUCAAGUACUUCCUGACCAAGCAGCAGAUGGAACAAGAGGCAAGACACAGCUCCCUGUAAUGGAAAGUGCCGGCGCAAACCUUACCUGAUGAAAGAAGGCUCACUGUGUGCUGUUUGAGGAAAUAACAUCUGUCAUUAUCUCAAAGGGAAGUCACCAUGGUGGAGGUGCAGAAGAGAACGGCGCUCAUUAUUGUUCACUUAAGGAAAUCUCUGGUUUUUAAGUUAGGACGAUGUUACACAACCAGGAUAUGCAACAGAAAUAACUAUUCAUAAAGGACAGAUACACGUAGAAGAGCUGACUAGUUGUCUUUUUUCCUCCUGCACCCAACAAACACAUCAACCACAACUUUCUUUUCUACAUGUGGUGACCUUAUGAUUAAAUUGUCUUGAACGAUGUUUAUAGUAAUAUUGGAACUUUUUAUUUAUUUUGGUUAGCUUUCUGAGGCUUGUAUUUUACGGAUGCGGAAGAAACACAAUGCUGUUUGCUUGUUUUAUUUCACUGUGUAUUUAUAAAGAACUAUUACGACACAUUCCUUAUUUUCACUCCAUGAACAGUUGCACCUUCCAAGUGCCUCAUAAAUAUUAAUGGCUGCUUCACCUUUGUCUCCUUUGCUCUGUGACUUUUAAGAAAGCAAGCCCUUAUUUUCAUAUUUCAGUUUUGUUUGGUCCAAGUUGCUUAUGCUUCUGUAAUGGGAUUAAAUGUCACAGUUGGUCCUUAUUUUAUAAUCGGUCAAAUUUGUUAAAGCUAUGCAUAUAAAAGAGGAUGGUGAUAUGUUAAAUUUUCAGUUAUUAUCCCUGUCAAUUCCUCAAAAUGCCAGUUUGCAGCAAUUGUGUUUUUUGUUUGUUUUUUCGUUACUAUUUUUCUGCUUUAAGUGCAAAACACCAUGUUUUCUCUCUUGUCUCUUUUAGUGUUAAGGUGUUUAGGCCGUUACGGUCCAGUUAUUUGCCUUGUUGAAGUGCAGCACUACAACGCCGUUGAAUCACGCACAAUACUCAUUUAAGAACCCUUACCUGUCACAGAAAGAAGGCAGCUUCUUUAUAUCUGUUCACACAAACAUGAAUACGUAUUUUGUGGGUGACCAUUUUUUGAGAAACUUGGGUUGGUGGCCUUGUCUCAACCUUUACAUACAUUUGUGCCGGUGUGAUGUUCAGGUUUUGAGUGACGUGCUUUAGUUACAAUAUGUGUGUCAUAUUGACCUUGAACCUAAAGGUUGAAGAUUGUAUAUAAAAUAUUUUCAGAGUAUAAGAUUUGCUGAUGCAGUCAGUGCAGACUAUUUGUGAUCUAUCAUAUUUGUUAGUAUUGUUUUGAAGCUGUCUUUGUUACCAUGAGACUGUGAGUAUAAAACCUGAGAAAGUCAGCUGGUGAGCAGGAAUAGCUAUUUCUUUUUUUCCCCCACUCAUCCUGUUGUACUUGCACAUUUCCUGUGUGCUCUCUGCUCUUUCCAGCUCUUUUGACUGUUUUCCACUCGGUAGUCAAGACAUUCCUUCAGAUAUUGAUGUAAUCCAGUAGGCAGACACAUUUAUUUGUUUUUAAUUACAGAGUUUUUCUUCCUCUGGUGAAGUUCAGAGAGUUCGUCGGAUUCCAUUGGUCUCACAAACCCUUAAGCAGCAGAUUCGUUAUUCUUGUAAAGUAGGGUAAUUGUUAAUAUACCAAAGACAUGUAUUGUAUUCUUCUAUGCAUCUUACUUUGAACCUGUAAUUAUGAUACUAUGUGUGUGCCUGCCUGCUGUGAAUUGUCAUCUUUUUUCCCCCUUAAAAGUUCCAUACAGAGUAGCGUUACAUUUUCUAAUGAUUUGAGCACUUAAGCAUCUUUCAUUUAGCUUGUUUGCUGUCUAUGUUUGGACUGUGUUGAAAGCUUGUCUGCCUCAGCGUUGUUUAAAAGGUGAAACAUCCUGCAAAACUUCUCAUUGACUACUAAAAUACUUGAGCAAAGGCAGAUAAGGUGGAAGUUUGAUGUCAUUACAAGUUUUCAAUAUAUUUGGAAAUGUUGAAGAUUACAUUUUGAUCUAAUUUUUAUUGUCUUUUUAGACUAUAUAAAAAAUGAUAUAAGCUGUAGUCACAUAUGCAAUAUAGCUUUCACAUGAAUGGAUGGAAGUUGUUGUCUGCUUGAAUAUAAUAGUUCAGCUUAAUCAGCAUGGAUUCACACAAGUUAGCUAAUCAUAUUGUAAGAAAAGUAAAAUGAAGCCAGUAAAACUUGAUUUUUCUCUGCAUUGUACUUGCAACCCUCUCUUUGAGGUGUUGAUUCAUAAUUUCCAAACCAUGUUAUGUCCAAGUACAUUUUUAUCAUGUAGUAGUGUUAUGAUACUGCUCAUUUUCUAAUACAUGCUUACAUUUUAAAGGAGAUAGCAGUGAUAACUGAUAUUCUAUAUGCUGAUGUAAAUAUUUUUGAUGCUAUGUACGCACAAAUGAUUGAGAUUGGAGUUUGGAUGAUUUUCACUGAGUGCCAUCUUCAGACGAGGAGUGCUUGGUAGUCACACGAUGCAAAUAUGAAAUAAUUGUGAUGCUGCUACAGUAAUGUAACACUGGAGCUGAAAUAAACAUGCAAG